AUGGGGUUGCCGUACCGGGUUCUAGUAGUGGAAUUCCAAGUGAUUAUCGUCGGGCUUGGCAUUGCAGGUCUGGUUGCUGCCAUUGAGUGCCCCUACAAGGGACAUGUGGUAGUUGGGCUUGAGAGAGGUCCGGGAAUUAGAGUUCUAGGGAGACUGUGUGAUACCAAAUCGGUUGUCCAUGGGUCGCCUAUUGACUGGAGCAGGAGACAGCAUCACCUUGGCAAGCAAUGCGACUAA